UAGCAGCAGAGUCAGUUGGUGGCUGUUGGGGCGCACUGUUGUUUGAUUUGGCAUUUUCAGAGCGCUCGUUGCCGUGAAACGUACUUGGCGCGGACAAUCAAAGUGAACGGUGUUUUCACAUUAAACUUUUUGCUGGGCUAAUUUGUUGAAAUCUGCGUCAGACGUAGAAGACAAAUCGCAAUAAAACUGAGGACCAGUGCUAAAAUAUAAGCAGACUUAUAAAGCAGUCAAGCAAGAUUUAAGUCAUUUUCACGGAUAUUUUUCUUGGCUGCAUCGCUGCAAAACUUCCGAGAAAUAUUCAUUCAGCAGACAUUUGCCGAAUUCCCGCAUCUCUAACGCCUAAAAGCCGGCAAUAUUGCUUUCUUGUGUGUUUCGAUAGUGUGUAAAACAAAUAUUGUUUCUUCUGAAGGCAAGGAGCAGCCAAGCGGUGUUUUUUUUUCUUAUAAAAUAUAUUGAAGCCACAGUAAUAAGUCAAAGACAGCACAAAAGCAGCAGAGCGUUAAGCGGUCGAGCAUUUGAAGAGCGGAGGCGAAACCAGCCAGCAAUAGGAAGUAAAGGACGACGACUUGGAGGAUACGUAGGCGAGCAUGUGGCCGAGUAUGGGCACCGCUGGUAGUGCUGCCAGCGCCAUAUUGCUGCUGUGCAUCUUCAGCAGUGUUAACUCCUUUUCAAAAUAUGGACGUGGCUGCAACGACAUUGGCUGUCUGCCCAGCGAGGAGUGUGUCAUCACCAGCGAUUCGUGCAGCUACACUCAGCGCGAAGGCAAGGACUGCGGCAACUAUCCGAAAUGUCAGAGGAAAUCUGGCUCCAGCUCGUCGUCGUCGGCGCCAGUUAAUCCGUCAGUGAGCACCGGCACAACGCACAACUCGUACAAUCCAAGCGCUCCGAUACCGGAUCUCAGUGAUGGCAACAAUGUCGGUGGCAGCAGCGGCGGCAACGCUGGUGGUGGUUUUGGUGGCGGUGGCUCUGGUGGUCAUAGUCUUUAUCCCACACUACCAAAUAGCCCGCCUGCGGGUGGUUACAAUCCUUAUGGCGGCUACCAACCACAACCCGGCGGAUACCAACCACCAGCUGGAGGCUACCAGCCAGGUGGCUAUCAGCCAGGUGGUUAUCAACCUGGUGGCUACCAACCUGGCGGCGGCUACAAUCCCAAUGCCGGCGGUGGUGGUUAUGUGCCAAAUGCACCCGGAUAUGGUGGUGGUAGUACGCCGCAGAAACCCAAAGACAAGGAAGGCGGUGGCUUCUUCUCCAAUUUCUUCUCUAGUCCAGCGGUGAGUCAAGCUGUAUCUGGUAUUAUUGCAGGUCAAAUCGCCAAAACCUUGCAAGGAGGCGGCAGCGGUGGUGGCGGUGGUGGAGCUGGUGGUGGCGCUGCGGGUGGCUACCAACCAAGCGGCGGCUAUGCGCCAAGCGGUGGUUAUGGCGGCGGCGGCAGCUCAGGUAGUGGCUCAUCGGGUAGCAACAUUCUCGGCGGUCUGCUGGGCAGUGUGUUGGGAGGCGGCGGCGGCGCCGCUAGCGGUGGUGGUAGUGGCAGCAGCAGUGCAAGUAACUUCCUCGGCAGUUUGCUCAGUGGUGGCGGCAGCAGUGGCGGAAGUGGUGGUGGUUCGGGUGGUAGCAGUGCCAGCAACUUUCUGGGCAGCUUGCUUAGUGGAGGCGGCAGCAACGCAAACCGGGGUGGUGGCGGUGGCGGCAGCAGUCCUAUCAGUGAAAUUUUGGGAUCUCGUAACUUCGGCGGACUUUUCAGUGAGAAUCCGUCUGCGGGCUCUUCUGGAUCAUCCUCCAGUUCGUCCGGCGCUAAAAGCUAUCCCACUCAGCCGCCAAUGAACCAGAAUUACUAUGGUUAAAUGCAAAGAGAUUUUAAUUUAAUUGACAUUUUUAUUUUAUUACAAAAAUCAAAUAUUUUAUUACACCCUUUUCCCGGACAAUAUAAUCUUACUUUUUUCUUUGUGAGACUUUGUAGUGUAGUAAGCUAAUAACGCAGUGAGCGAGAACAUUGCAAUGCCGAAGCAGUAAACUGAUUUUAGCGUCUACAAAGCAUAUUAUAAAAUAAAAUGAAAAUCAAAAUUUUUGGCAUAUUGUGAUUGCACGUACGAAAUUAUCACUUGCACACGAAAAAACUAAUAAAGUGGCGAAACUUUGUCUUUAUGGAGUUAUCUAUUAACGACAAGUAGUUAUAUACUUACAUACAUAAAUAUGUAACAAAUGCAUAAAUGGAAUAAAAACUAAAAAAUGUCAAAAGGGUAAUGUUGUUGGUAAAUGAAAUGGUUUUUUAUCGAAAGCAAUAUUUGUUUGAAAUUUGCUGAAAUUACUCGCAAAACGCAGAACAAAGCAAAACAAAGAAUGCAUACAAUAAUUUUAUCAAUCAAUUAGUUUAUAGAAAUGUAUAUAUAGAAAAAAGUAUACACGGUUUACUUUAGAGAACAAAUUAAUUUCUAAAGUUGACUAAAUAAUAAUUUUUGAUUUUAAUACAUUCGAUAUAAAAGAAAAUAUACAAAUAGAAAACAGAAAACAGAAUAACUGUGAAAUGUGUUUGGAAUAUAAAUAGCUGGAAUCAAAUAAAUAAAUAAACGAAAUUAUAUGAUAC